ACCAAUGACAAGUGGAAUCGUCCGUGUAUUAGCAGCCACCACCACCGCUGUUUUGGUGCGUGCCGUGUGCCGGUAUAACUAUAGCGUGCCCUUGAGUUCAUAAUCGUUUGUGGUACGUUGGUACUACUAGGUGCCACCUUUCAGGAACGCGUGCCGCCCACUCUAGUACAGCGUUUCCGGCUUUCAUCCAAAAAAUCAACUAGCGCCGGGAAGAGAUAUGGGAAAAGUUCACUGUGAGCUGUGCAAAAAAAAAUGCUCCGGAAAUGCCUUGCGUGUUCAAGACCGCUACUUCCAUAUUGACUGCUUCACGUGUGCAGUGUGUACCAAUUCAUUGGCACAAGGGGGAUUUUUCUUCAAAGACGGCAAGUACUACUGCACUGUGGACUACCAGAAGAUGUUUGGCACCAAAUGUGCAGGAUGUGGUGACUUUGUGGAGGGUGAAGUGGUCACCGCUCUUGGCAACACCUACCACCAAAAGUGCUUUGUCUGUGCACGUUGCCGGCAAGAGUUUCCAGCCGGAGGAAAAGUGACUUAUACAGGAAAUGAGUGCCUUUGUUCGAAAUGCAUCCAGAUACCAGUGGUGACGCAGGAAUCUCACGAUGAGUCACCACUAAAUGGUUCCAUCAAAUGUGGUGGCUGCCAGGAAGAACUGAGGGAUCGACAGGCCCUUAUUGCACUGGAUAGACAAUGGCACAUUUGGUGCUUUAGGUGUACGUCCUGCAAUGCAGUUCUCCACGGUGAAUACAUGGAAAAGGACCAGCAACCUUAUUGUGAGAAGGAUUAUCAGAAGCUGUUUGGAGUCAAGUGUGCACACUGCGACAGAUAUAUUUCUGGCAAGGUCUUGAAGGCUGGAGAUAGCCACAGAUUCCAUCCUACCUGUGCCCGCUGUUCCAAAUGUGGAAACCCAUUCGGAGGAGGAGAGGAGAUGUACAAGCAAGGUGGUGCAUUUUGGCAUCCCCAUUGCGGACCGGAUGGAAAGCUCCAGGAUGGAGAACUAGUGGAUGACUCUAAAAUGGAUGGAGAAGAGCCGUAUAACCGAUCAUCAAGUCCCGCAAGUUUCUUGGAGCCUUUGAUCAGUGAUUUGAGCCGUGUGUGUGCCUACAGCUACCUGACUGCUGAACCGACCCAGGGAUACCUCCGAAGACCCCUUGAGCCCCAUCCACCAAAGUCUCCCCAAUUUCAUCGCCCGCCCGAUGGUCAUAAGAAGAUAGUAACAAAACAGCACAGUAAACAAGGAAUGCAAGUUCUGGUUGACACUAUGCAAUGGAAUGCUCCUCGGCCACGGUCUCCACACAUGAACAAUGAAGAGCCUAUUGAGUUGGCUCACUUCCCGGGUGCCCGGCCGCCCAAACCUACAGAGAUACCCAAGAUUGAGCGAGAUGACUUCCCGGCCCCUCCAUUCCCAUACACUGACCCUGAACGUAGGCGGCGCUGGAGUGGCAGUUCAAAAGACUAUGAAAUUGAGGAUGAGGAUGAGUUGGAUGAGCCAGUGGACCAAGAUCCCCAGCUGAAAAAAGAGGAAGAGGAACUAUCCAAGAUUGCCACAGGCAUUGGGAAGGUGUUCCUGAAAACAGUGAAAGAACGAGAGAAAGUUCGUGCCUGGAAGAUGAACCAUGUGGAUCCUCGAAACGCCUCCAGGACUCCAUCCGCAAACAAGGAACCUGCCUACCGGCUGCGAUAUGACAACCCUGUCAAUGCUUCCCCAUCGAGAGAUAUCGAUCGUCCGAGACCUUGGGAAGAGGAGGAGUUUGACCGGGGAUCGGGCUACCGUUCCUCAAUGGGGAGGUCUGUUGGAACUACACCCAGCUAUAAUGUUGUGUCAUCCUUACGUAUGGUACCGAAACCUGGUUAUGGCCUGGCCACCAAAUCUGCAACACUUCCUGUAGGUGGUCGGGACUUUAUGACUCAAGAUCUCUCCUUCAGCAAGCUCGAAAGCUCCGAUUUGAGUUGCGGAAAAUCUGACAUUUCUGGCACCUCUGAUCAUGAGAGAUCUGCAAUGAACCACAGUAUGAGUGGAAUGUUUCGAUCGACUCCCUUUUCGGAUGGUGGCUUUCGGCACGCGUCAUAUAGCCCUCACAUGCGACGUUCCAUGCCAAAUGUCAACUGGAACAUGUCAACUGAUCCCCCUAAGUCUUAUCCGUACCACCUUCUGAUGACCUCAAACUACCGACUGCCACCAGAUGUUGACAGGUUCCAUUUAGAGCGCCAUCUGUCCAACAAAGAAUUCCAGGCCCUAUUCCACAUGACACGCCUCGACUUCUACCGCCUUCCAGAAUGGAAACGCAAUGACCUCAAGCGGCGUGCCAAACUCUUUUAAGGAGUUGACUACAAAUGGCGUGCCACCCUGGAUACUAGAUAGGAGUAAAAUUGGGACCAGGUGGCUUUCUCUGUCGGCGCUUUUUGAUGGGACUAUACAAUCAUUGCACGUAUAAUAUAUAUAUCCCACUUGCUUAGUAGUGUCUGUGAUCUCUUAGCAGCUAUUUUGCCUCACUUCCCCGAGGUGCUUUUCUCAACCUAUCCGCACGGCAAGAUGAUAAUAAAAUGUGUCCUCAUGUGGAGCAGUUCCAAAACACGCCCUUUUGCUGAUCCUAGUGGCUCUCCAGUGUCUCAAAACAAAUUACAUUGUGUUGUACAGUCUCAUGGGCAGUAAGCAGUUUAAGUGUUUUUGGUUCAGUAUAGUAAGGACCUUGUAUUUACGAAGCAUUUAAAAAGAGACCCCUGGCUUAAUAACAUGCCCAAGAUGUAUUUUCUAAAGAUAUUCUAUUCUAGGCUGUUGGAUACACAAGGCAAUGCAUUACAGUCUGGUGACCAAAGUGGCUUCUGUAGCGAUAGUUUUUCUAGAAAUAAAAGUUGCUUGCAGUGCA